AUGAAUAAUUAUAUUUUUGUUUUAAGUUCAUUAUUUUUGGUUGGUUGUCUUGGGUUAGCAUUAAAGCCUUCACCUAUUUAUGGAGGUUUAGGUUUAAUUGUUAGUGGGUUUGUUGGUUGUUUAAUGGUUUUAGGGUUUGGUGGAUCGUUUUUAGGUUUAAUAGUUUUUUUAAUUUAUUUAGGGGGGAUGUUGGUUGUGUUUGGAUAUACGACUGCUAUAGCUACUGAGGAAUAUCCAGAGACUUGGGGAUCUAACUGAUUAAUUUUGGGUUUUUUAGUAUUGGGGGUGAUUAUAGAGGUUUUUUUAAUUUGUGUGCUUAAUUAUUAUGAUGAAGUUGGAGUAAUUAAUCUUGAUGGUUUGGGAGAUUGGUUGAUGUAUGAGGUUGAUGAUGUUGGAGUUAUGUUGGAAGGAGGGAUUGGGGUAGCGGCAAUAUAUAGUUGUGCUACUUGAAUGAUGGUAGUAGCUGGGUGAUCUUUGUUUGCGGGUAUUUUUAUUAUUAUCGAGAUUACUCGAGAUUAA